GUUGCGAGCAGAAAAUUCGCGACAAAAAAUCAAUCUCCCGACCGUCCGUACAAUCGGUUGCCAAUUGUCGGGUGGCAAUUUCGCGCUUCCCAGCGUGGAGCUGAGUUAUGAGCUGUUGUUACAGUUUUCAUGGAGUUACAGAUUUUUUGCCAAACGCAACCCUGUGUAUGUGUGUGUGUGUGUGCGCAGGAAAAAUGAAACAAAACGGCCCACUUUUUUAUCACGAUCAAUGCUUUGUUAGCUGGUAAAUAAAUAAAUCCUAGCUCGGGUUUUUUGCACAAACAAGGUUCAUUUUAUCAUUUCACUUUGGGCGUGCGUGUGCGAAUUGUGAAAUAUUGCCUCAACCAAUCAUUCGCCUUGCGAACUGAAACCGGCAUUCAAAUAUCGUCUUGUUGACGUGUUGAGCUCGGUGGCGAAGGAAGAAGAAAAGCCAUUGCUACCCGCAGGAAAAUCGCUCUCGCUUUCACUGUUUUUUGAACUGAAACCGGUUUGACCGGAUUUCCAUAUGGAUACGGGGGUAGGCAAUUUUAGUGAACAGGGGGGCUGUGCGUACCUUUCCACGUCCGACACGUCCGACAUUUCCAUCCUGGCAUCGAUGGCACGUGAGUGUGUUACCUAAUUUGAAUAUAAAUAACAUCCGAUUCCACACACACACACACAUACGCCUCUGCAUGCGCCUGAUGCUUCGAUAGCGAGAGCCAGAGCGAGCGAGAGAGAGAGAUGAUCGUGAGCUGUGUGCGGUGAAGAAAUAUUGUCACUGAAUAAUCAUCACGAUUUCCACACCCCAUCAGACUUUCCCUAUCACCAGUGGUACAGUGGUCGUGGUGGUGAAAAACGAUCGACAACGGCCCCCGGAGGCGAAACGGAAGCGCAAUUUAAGUUCCAUCAUAAACUGUUCCGGUACACGGUUGCGCCCGGAAGCACGGAUUGGACGGAUAAUACGAAUGGCGGCAUUGUUAGCGAACGAGCGAAGUGAGGUUAUGUGCUUGUGCUCGAAACUUUACCACUUGCAAGGGAAGAGCGUAAAAAGCAACCAGGAAAAAGGGUUUUGACGCUGUGCGAAUACAAUAGAGGCGUUGCUAUACGCACCAUCCCGAUUGUCGCUCGCUGAAUCUUCCAUUUUAAUGGCUGUGAGUUACAAGAAAAGUAUGUUAAUUAAGAACGCAACGCUCGGUAGUUGAAUGCUGUGGAAUUUAAUGAGGUCCUGCUCAGAAAGAGAUUAUUUUGAACUGAAUGUGGCACGAUUGAUACCUUAAAAUCAAUUGUAAAAUCCCCAAAAUUUCUCCCCACAAAAACGCUGGAACUGGGACGAAAAAAUCGCUCGCCAGCGCUCGCAGCAAUCCCCAGCUAAGCCUCCCGGUCAGGGAUAAAAUGGGGAUAUCAUCAGCAGGAUUUAUUUUACGUUCUGACUGUCCUGUGGCCGGUGGCCAUUUUUACUCCGGAGUACACACACCGACUGUGUGAAUUAUGAUAAAUACUCGGCAAUCGCUGGCGAACAUUUCCGGAUUACGUGUGGAUUAAGUGAUUUACGGAGCAGCUGACUUGGCAACCGAAGCUCCCUCUUGCUCGCCCUUUCCACCGGUUCAUGGACCUUGCUUUUUUUCGCCCACUUUCCCCCACUGAAACGAUUAAUCCUUUUGCAGCGCAAAGCCGGCCGAGGCGACGCCUGCCCCAACCGAUAGAUGCUACCUCAUAGCUCAUUUGCAUCAUUCCCAUGGUGAGCGAAAAAUUUCCAUCCCAACCGUUCCCGGUGCUCGGUGAAUUAUGGAUUUCCAAUUAGAAGUUUAUUACCCGUAGCGUCCCACACUCGGCUCCCGCUCUCCCUCUCCCCCCUCCCCACCAAAGCGAGUUCCCCGGUGGGAAAACUUUGAGCCCUGCACCACCUUAAACGGUACGGGCAGAGGAAGCUUUAAGUGACACGGCACGGUGUUUUGAAGGCCCUCGGCAAAGUGGGAAAACACGGACAAAUUGCUCCCCGGAUAUAGAGACAUCGCAAGUAUGGGUACUGCCUGUACGUGUGUGUGUGUGAGAGAGUUUGGAGAAAGUGAAUGAUUUGAUGAAAAUUUGGGACGCGUCGUAAUUAUGGAAAUGGAAUAGACAUCCUCUAGUGUACGGUACACGAACGAGCGAGAGGUCGUGCCGGUCAUCAAGUGGGAAAAGUUAUCGUUUCGUUUGGGAGUACCCGGGCCAAGUGAACCGUGCCGAGUGAGGAUGAGCAGAAGCGAGUAGGCAGCAGUAGGAAAAGGGACGAUAUUAAGAAGGUUAAUUCAAUUUUCCAAAUAGCAGCAGGUGGCCUUGAUGAAGUUCAGUGAAAAUGUCCUACCCAGAGCAACUUUGCCGGGCGUUCUGCAAAGGGCGCGCACAGAGUACAGAGUGGUUGGAUGUUUGAAAAGUUUUCCAUACCUAAGGUUUUCUUACCAGACUUUGGUUGUUUCUUCAGCUCGACGGACGAUAACGGGGGAGGCCACACGCGGUAGGGAAAUUAAUAUCAAUUGCAUCGUAAAAGAAGGCGAACUGCUAGUAAUAAACGUUUCUCUUGUGGCCACUUCACGCCAGAGCUUCCCAUCGUUGAAUUAAGCAAUGUGACCGCCGCACUGUCCACAGUUUGUGCUGCGAACAGCGUUCAAUUUAACUUUGCUGCAUCACACCUGCGCUAACACUUACACCUCGGCGGAGGAAACAAAAAGACAUAAACAUUUCUUAACCGUCGACAGCAAGCAGGCUGUGAUACAUUAGCUGUCAGACAGGGGCGACAAAAGCAAACCAAUCCAAACCAUGAACCUGGACGCGACGCUCGAUACGGCGGAAGAGAUACGGUUUCUGAGCAAGGUGAGCGGGCUGGUAAAACGGCUGACCCGUUCCACACACUUCACCCACCAGGAGCUGGAGGUGGUACUGCUGGUGUAUUAUAAAAUUCUGAAGAACGAUCCGGACGCCAGUGCCGGUGGGCAAAUUUCGCGCCAGCAGCUAACCACCGUGUUUGACACGGCGUUCGGUAUUGCGGAUACGGCCGUCAUCCGGCGUAUCUAUGCGGCGCUGGACGGUGGCAACAGUUCGCACGUGUCGAUGGAAACCUGGGCCCGGAUGGUGUCGCUGUACGUUCGCGGUACGCUCGAGGAAAAGAUCCAGUACUGCUACCGGGUGUAUGAUAUUCAGCGCGAAGGGAUGAUAAGGCGUGACUUUUUGAUGGUGCUGUUGCGCGGGUGCGUCCGGCAGGAGGAAGGUGUCGAAGAGGCGGUGAAGGAUUUGGUCGAUAUGCUGAUGACGCGGCUCGACCUGGAUCGGGAUGGGGCGAUCUCGUUCGAAGACUAUCGGAAGAGUGUGCUGGGUACGCCACUGUUGCUGGAAUGUCUUGGGCAGGCGCUGCCAGAUCGGAUCCAUGUGGAAGCGUUCGCGACGACGUUUCUGGUGAUGUAGUGGCGGUGGAUCGUUCGAUGUGUUUCAAGGAAGCGAUUUACUUAACUAAAUUCUUAACGUCACAAGCUCGUAUGUGAAUUCUUGUUGAUUUGAGCUAGUUGUGGAGCAUGUGAUCUUCAUGAAGUAAUAUCAAGGACUUUAUAAAAAAUAGACUUUUUCUGGAAGGCUAUGUAAAUAAAACUACGACAUCUAACUCUAAGAAUCAAAAUUUGUUGAAGUCGUAAGUAAAAGAAAAUUUGUUAAACGUCAGUUCGUAGCCCACGAAAAUAUCUCAAGAUUUUUUGGCCAUCAAGAUGCUCUGGGAUGGUCUGGUGGCCGAGGCGAAUCCAGAUUUCAGUGGGCGCAAAGGAGCCUCGAAUUCAUAAGAGUCCUCGAAUCCAAAUGUUCAUCGCUCCUGAUCAGUAGAGUCGAUGUGAUUUUCCCCUAAAUUCCAUGUCACAUAGGGCCUCUAAGGGGCAACAUUCUAUAUCAAAACUAUCAUACAAUUAGAAGAGACCUUCAACAACACCGUACCGAAGAAAAUGGGUUUAAAAAAUGGAGAGUCUGUAACUGCUCAUCACGAGACAUACCGUUCUGUAGCAAUUUCCCAUGCAUGGUGAUGCAUGAAGGAAUGGACUGAAUGGUGAAUGAAUUUAAUGGUGAAUCGCAAGGACACAAACACAGAGCCUUGCAGUAAAAAAUAUUCGAAAUCAAUCCAUUACUUUAACGGUAUAGGUCAUACAUGUAGCUGAUAACGCCCACACACUGUUAUUCUUCAGUUAGUGAACUCAGUCGACAUAGUCGACAUAAUGAUUUAACGAUCUACAACAAGAAUAUUAAUGGCGUCUUCUGGCAGUUAUCGACUAGGGACUGGACAAAGUUAAAUAUUUGUUGUAUGGUACCAUAGUUGUAGAGGUAAUUCCAACAAGUUUGAGGUCUAAAGUUACUUGAGAAAUCGUUCUUAUCAUAAAUUUCGUUACUUUCUAUAUUCAAACUAAACCCAAUAAGUCUAGCUGUAGAAUCUGUUUUAUUUGCUGUAAAGUUCUUCACUAUUCAUUUGCAGAGUUCUAUCUGUAGUCAGUAACAGAUCUAACUAUUCCGUAUCGUAACACUACCACAAGCAACAGUCAUCUGUUCUUUACAAGAUUAAUCCAUACGGUAGACAUAUGAAUUCAGAACCAUUAACCUACAUAACUCAAUUCACACCCCCUGGCAAAUGGAAUGUAAAAUCAUCUGCUAACCGUCUGUCUCUUCACUUUACCAUUUUCACCCCAACCCCGGAAACCCGUUUUCCCCCGUGGUACGCUCCUAACUU